GAAUGUGAAAUUAAUAAAAUAUGAUUUAUGUUGGGUCGACUAAUUAGGAUAAUGCAUUUAAUAUUGUUAAAGUUUUCCAAAUAAGGAAAGAAAGAUUUAAAAACGACUGAAAUUAAAAGUGGAGCAUGUAUUUAAAAAUAAAGGGAGUGGUAGUACUCCGCUCAGUAUAUAUAUUUUUUUUUAUAACAACACUCUAAACAGACUGAAAGUUUGUUAGCUGGGGAGUGGGGGCUCCAAGUCCAAGCCAAGUUUCCAACAACAACAAAAAAAAAAAAAAAAAAAAAAAAAAAAAACAAAAACAAGGACCCAACAACCGUUUUUAACAGCCCUGAAUGAAGCUGCCUCCCAAAGAGAGAGAAACCAACACUUUUGCUCCCUUCUUUCACCGGUCAAUUGCCAAAGUUCUAAACUUUGGGGUUUCAAUUUUUGUGGGUAUCUUUUUCAAAUUUGUAAAACCCUCAAAAAUUUAAGUUUUUUGGGGUUUUGAAUUCUGAUCGACUGAAAACAAAGAGGGAAAAAAUAAAAUCAAAAUUAACCGAUGGGUUCUAUAGAAACAGUUGAUAAUCUGGGUUACUCGUUGUUGAAAGAUCUAAGCUUUGAAAUUGGUGAAAAUGAGACUUGUUUUAAUCUCUGUUUCUGGGUUUUUCUUCACAGUUCUACUCCUUUUCCUUCCACAAUUCUUUACCAGUCGCACUCUGAAAUUCCUUUUCUUUCUUUGAGUGAAGACAAAAGGUUAAUACUCUCGCCUUCACUUUUGUUGCGAAAAGAAUAUUCCGAGUCAGGGGAAACUGCAUCAUCCACUGAAGUUGCUAUUUCUAACGUGGAGCUUCCUCUAGGACAAUGGGUACAUAUUGGAUGCCAGGUGUAUAGCAGCAUUAUACGCAUUUAUCUUCAAGGAAAGGUAGUGGGUGAAAGGCCUUUAGAUUCAUUAAUGGCCAGGCAGGCUGAUCUUCAGAGUUUCAAGAAGGUGACUCUAUCUGGUGUGCGCAAAGGAUUUAAGGAUCUUGAUGGCUAUGUAUACAAUGCAGUUGUUUUGCCUUCUACAAAUUCUAUUGAGGACCAUCAUGCUAAGGAUCCUCCUUUGUGUCUAUGUAUUGAUAGUUCAUCUGUUUCUGAUGUCGAAUUGGAAGGUGACGGCAUAUGGAAAAUAUUUGGCGGCAAGGGUUCUUGUCGCAAAAUGUUUUCAUCAAAUGUCGUACUAUUAGAUGCCUUUGGUGAGCUUGUGGACAAGGAUUUGGAGGUUGUUGCAUCGCUUAUCUAUGCUGAUAAUCGGGCCCCUAUUGAGAAAUCAAAAGAUGGUGAAGCUCCCCUUUUGACAACUUGCAAUGGACUUGAAUUUCCAUCUGAUGAUAAACCCAGCAAACUAUUGCGGGGACGUGCAUCUUUUCAACUGAACCUAACUCGACUGUCAUCCGAAUGUGAUAAUAAACUGUUCUGUGUUAAGUUUCAUCUCCUGAAAUUGGGAAAAUUUCCUUUUUUCGAGGCAUUUACUCCACCUAUUCGCAGCAUCCUAAAGUCGUGCGACACCAAGGUAUCUACUAUCACAUGGAAAAAGUUAUCAUCAGGCUUUCAUCUAUUUAAUAGAUCCAGCUUACCUCAAAAUGGUAUUGGGCAUUCAGAGCUACAUCAGAAGCCUGUAUGUGAAGCAAUACCCAAUCCUCCAUUAAAGAGAAAGAAAUCAGGACAAGAUACUCCAUUACCACACACUAAGGCUGAGUCUACGGUGCAAAGAUUUGAUGAAGAAGGCAACUCAUUCAACGUGUCUGCAACUAAGAAUGUAGUAGGGACCAGUUUGGAGAGUAUCCAAGAAAACUAUGGAGAAAUAGAUAGCUCUGCAUCAGAUUCAGAUAGCGCUGGCGCAGGAAAUACAGAAUCAAAGAGCUUUACUUGCAACAUAGACCUCACUUCAGAUUUGACAAUUUUCAGAUAUUGCCUUGGAGGAUUAUCUGAAAGGUCAAUCAUGCUUAAGGAGUCCUCGUUAUAUGCUUCUGAGCAAGAAAUAGUAGAAAUGGCUGAAAAGGUCUCAUUCUUUUCUGGAUGUGAUCACCAUAGGCACCAAAUUAUGAUUGCCAAAAAACUGCUGGAGGAAGGAGAAAGAGCUUGGAAUUUGAUUUCACAAAAUAGUCAUCGAGUUCAAUGGGACAAUGUUGUUUUUGAGAUAGAAGAACAGUUCAUGAGGAUUUCUAGCUGCAGCACAAGAUCUCUCACUCAACAGGACUUGAAUUUUCUGAGGAGAAUUUCGGGAGGCAGUGAGUAUCUCACCAAAGAUGACUUUGAUAAAUUGUGGCGUUGGUUGUAUCCAGUGGCAUUUACAAUAUCAAGACAUGGGAUCAAUGCACUGUGGGCUUCUAUCUCACCAAAGUGGAUUGAAGGAUUUGUUACAAAGGAAGAAGUGGAGUAUGCCCUUCAGAGUCCGCAGGGACUUCAAGAGCCUGGAACAUUCAUCUUGAGAUUUCCAACAACCAGAAGUUGGCCUCAUCCAGAUGCAGGUAGUUUAGUUGCAUCCUAUGUUGGCAGAGAUUUCUCUUUGCACCAUAGGCAGCUAUCUUUGGACUACAGGUAUUUCUGUUCUGAUAUUUUUGACACAAAUCAAAAGCCACUUCAGGAGUUGCUUUUGUCUGAACCGGAGCUAUCUCGAGUAGGAAGGAUAACGAGGAGUGAUUUGAGCGUUUAAAUUGUCACUAUACUUGUGUAAAUAUUUCCCAGCUUUACAGACACAUUUCAUUUGGAAUAUGAGUUCUUAGUACAGGAAUAUAGGACGAAUUCCAUUACCCAUCCAGAUUUAUUGUCCUUAACUAUUAAAGCAAUACGAGCAGAUGUUACAGUGCACUUCUUUCAAGAGGGUUUCUCCAAUUUCUUUGUUUCUAGGUUAAAUUUAAUUGCAGUUUCUUGACAUUGGUACAAAGCAAAGGGCAGAUGAUAAAAGAAAUGCACAUCUGCGAAGCUAGAGCUCCAGACGAACCUGUGAUUUCAGUACAUAGUGUUUUUUUUUCAGCUCAAAGUAAUCUAGUUUUGCCUUGGUGAAUAUGUUAGUAGAAUAUUUUUCAGAAAUUAUCCGGCAUUCAGAAUGUUGUAUUAAAA